AUGGCAUCCACCACAAGGGCAGAAGCAACCGACGAUUCUUCGCCGACAUUGGGUAAGAAAGACAAGAAGAAGCUCAAGAAGCUACGCAACCGUGUUCUGAAGGUUCAAAAUGAGGGAGAACGGAGCGGAAUUUUGACUCCAAAGGAAUGGGAAGAAUACAGAAAAUUGGAGGAUCCGGAUCUCACUCGAGAUGUUGGGCCUUCCAUUCGAAUUCGAAAGCGAAAAGAAGGAAUCAAUGUGGAGGGUGCUCAGCAUCGAGAUCUUUUGGCUUGGUUGUUGAAGCAAAUUUUAUUUCCAGAAAAGAACGAGGCUCCAGUGUCCAAGAAACGAAAGCGAGAGGAAAAUCAAAAGGAGACGAUACAUACCGUGACAUUGCCACCUUGGGUUUCUAUUCACAAUCCUGGUAGCAUCAGCAGUAUAACGGCGCUGGAGAUUCAUCUACCACUAAGUGCAUCUCUGAAACUGGAUCGAGUGGAAUCCUUCUUGGAAUCGUCUGGUGGCAAAGGAAACAUUUGUAGCACCAAGAUCAGGACCAAGUGGUUUCAAGGGCAUACGCCACGUUCUAUCUCGGAUAGCCUGUUAUACUUCAAUUCAAAACACAACAAGAAAUCCAAACCAGAGAAUAUUUCAAAAUCGAUAGCAGAAAUUGUGGCAGAACUGGAAGGCAUGUUGAUCCAACCGUUAGAGUUGGAAAAAGAAGGAUACCCAGGCAGGGUGAAGGGAUCGAAAGCCCAUGAGUAUUCUUCCUGGACGCCAACAGAAAAAAUUGAUAUGGCUACGAUAUCGCUUGAAGAUGCAACUGCCUUGGUAGAGAAGAUUGGUUUUCGGAUAGAAGAACAAGAGCAAGAUGACGACCAGCUAUACAUUUCCACUGAUACCACGGAAUCAUCUUCACAAUCGGACCAAUCACCUCGAGUAUUCGGGAUGGAUUGCGAAAUGGUUAGAACUUCCACUGGAUCUGAGCUAGCUCGUAUUACCAUUGUUCAAUUUCAAAGUUUUCAAGAUGGUAUCAUGACCACGACCACCAUUAUGGACGAGUUGGUGAAACCUGACAAGGCUGUACUGGAUUAUUUGACUCGACAUUCGGGCAUGACGCCCAAAGUAUUGGAACCAGUCACUACUCGACUGUCCCAGAUUCAAGUUGCUCUAUUGUGCUUUCUUCGACCUAAUGACAUCCUGGUCGGACAUUCACUGGAGAAUGAUUUGAAGGCGACACGCUUGGUACAUGCGAGAGUGAUCGAUACGGCCCUGUUGUUUCGAGCCUCCAAUAAACGGACCAAAUUUUCUCUCAAGCAUCUUGCGGCAUACUUGCUUCAAAAAAAGAUUCAAGCUGGAUCACAUUGCAGUGAAGAAGAUGCGUCGAUGGCUUUGGAAUUGGCAAUCCGUAGAGCAUGGUUUGGUGAAUCCUUUCAGGUUCCAAGUGGUGAUGAUCGUCGUUCUUUGUUCGAGGGUUUGUCCUCGGCACGAAUCAUGUGCGCUGGUCCCGCCGACUGGUUGCAUUCGCAUAUUACCAGCAAUGCCAAUGGAACCCAUGCCUUGGGAUAUGAGGGAAUUGCAGAAUGCAAAAAGGCUGUGCUAGCAUGGCAAUCGAGUCAGCGCAAGACCGAUUUCAUUUACUCUCAAUGGAACCUUCAGAACGAGAAUGACGAAAAAAGUUUGAAGGAAUUGGAAGAUGCAGUGAUUGAAGUCAUUGAGAAAAUGUCGUCUACAUCCAUAUUGUUGAUUUCACUGCAGCAAAACCAUCACUGUGCCAAGAAGCUUUUGAAGCAGAAACGGAUCUGCAAAAGUCAUAGAGCAACUGCUGGGUGGAGUACGGAACAGGAAGAGAGUUUGCUAGACGCAGUGGAUGAUAGUCGCAAUGGGACAGUAUAUUGGAUAGGCUCCGCAACUACAGAACCAAGUAGGGAUGAAAGAUGA